AUAAUAUUAAAUAAAACUAAUUCAACCAAUAAAAAAAAUGAAGUAUUUUAUAAUUGGUCAAAAGUUUCAAAUGAUAUUAAAUUUUACCUAGAAUUGUGAGAACAUCACUUAUAUUGAAACAAAAACAAAAUUUUUAAAAAUUAGUUAAACUGAUACGGAGGGAGUAUCUUUUUGGUAAUGGUAAAAUUUUUGAGUAACACUUGCUUUUAUAGAAAGUCUAGGUUAAUUUUUACAAAUAUUAUAUAAAAAUGCUAUGUACCUAGUCAUAUGCCGAUUCGUCCAAAUUAAGAGCUAACAUCAUUCCUCUCACCUAUAUAUCUCCCAACAAACACAAACAUAAAACUUCUCGUCGGCUCAUUAUCCGUAUAUAUACUUUUGUACACCCUUUAUUUUCCACUCAUAUUAAAGUCUCUCGUACCAAUUAUUACAAGUUUUGAUUAUUUGCAGUGAUCAUUGGGUAUGGGUCGGGCCAAAUUGGAGAUAAAGCCGAUACAGAAGAGUACGAACAGGCAAAUUACGUACUCAAAACGUAAAAAAGGUUUAAUAAAAAAGGCCUAUGAGUUGUCAACACUUUGUGAUAUCGAUCUUGCCCUACUCAUGUUUUCCCCAUCUGAUCGCCUAUGUAUCUUUUCCAGUGAGACCAGGAUUGAAGACGUUCUUGCGAAGUACAUCAAUCUCCCUGAUCAAGAAAGAGAGAAUGCUAUAGUUUUCCCUGAUCGAAGCAAACGCCAAGGUAUCCAAAACAAAGAGUAUUUGUUAAGGACUCUUGAACAACUCAAAACCGAGAACGACAUGGCCUUCCAAAUCAACGAACCUCGCUAUGAAGCUAUCCACUCCGAUGUCAAGGAACUUGAGAAAGAGCUUUGUAGAUUACAACAACAGCUUCAGAUUUCUGAGGAAGAACUGAGGAAAUUCGAACCCGAUCCAGUGAGGUUUACAUCAAUGGAGGAAAUGGAAGCAUGUGAAAAUCAUCUACUUAGUACUCUUACUCGUAUGGUUCAGAGAAGGGAACAUUUGUUGAGCAGAUCCUUCGAAGCACCAAGUACCCAACAGAGCAUAGAAAAUAUUGAAGGCUGGGAGCCUGAGGCUGAAUUCAAACAAGCCCGUAUAAUAGCGAACUCAGCCUAUGCAUCAAAUCAUUAUGAUCUGCCGUUGCAAGGAAUUAUCUCAAAUCCAACCCAAACUCCAAAAUGAUGUUUGGGUGAAUCGCAAAAAUGCAAUGUUGUUGACAAAAAUAAAACAGUGCGUAUUUCCUAUGUCAGUGCCUAAACUCCUAUGGUUUUUAUCUUUCAGAUUCUGAAGUCUGAACUAUUUGUGUAAUAAAGUUUGAAAAUGUUAUUUUGUUAGAACUUA